AGAGAACUAAAGAAGAAGAAGAGGCUGCGAGUGCGAACUUUAAUACAAAGAAAAGGACCAACAUGGCGGAAGUUCAGUGAAAGUCUGAUGUUACGAAUAUUGACGCGGGAGUUAAAAGUCCGUGGCGCUGGAUUUGCCGCGCCGCAAUCAAAAGACCACGUUGCUGACAAGAAGCUGGCUAACAUUCAGAAGACAAACUGUCCAUUACCAGAAAGGACAUCCACUGACCCUGCGUCCGCAGCCAUGCCAAAUUACCUGUCGACAGCGUUCAGUGCCCAGAUAACCACAACUAUGGACACUGUCCUCCGAACCGCCGUGUUGGAGAUCACGGAAAUAUUUGACAAAUGCAUGCGAGACUAUUGCAUGGAGCUGACGGCGAAAGACGAGAUGAUAGCCCUGCUGGAAAUUAAGUUGCAGAAAACGGAGCAUUUGCUGAAGAAACGCAUGGACGGAGACGGGUGUGACGCAACAGCAGCGGGGGACACGACAAAGUGUGAUGAUGAGCGUGAAGGAGAGGACAAAGAGGCCUUGGUAACUUCUAGCCAAACUUCAUGUGAGAUGCCAUCUGAAGUUCCUGCUGAGUGUAGCUUGGAGGACGUGACCAAAGACUCCAGUACUGUUUGUCCCGUUACACUGCGCCACUUCUCCAUUCCACUGCAACCCUGUCCACACCCACUCGGCAAAAGUAAGCUGCAGAGUCGCCGGCAUUCAAAGAACGGAACAAAAAAAGGUUCUUUGCUAAAAAAAAGUCCAAAACAUUCUGAGGACAGACGUCUGACAAAAGGUCAGCGAAGACGUCAUUUACCAGGAAGAAAACACAAAAGCUUGCUCCCGGAUGAUAUUAAGGAGGAACGUUUAGAGCGACCGGUCAAAACGGCGUGUCGCAGAAGUGCGAGACUUCUAUCAGGAGAAGAGCAGCAGCACCCGGCGGGAGACAAGACACCGGCAGCAGAAAGUGAAACAAGUCUGACUGUAGAGCAGGUGAAAGAUGAUAAAACAACGGAGCUUGACUUCAGGUGGAUGGCACCGAUAGAAGACCCAGAGGAACUAGAGCUGAGCAACAGUCCAAGCCAAGGAGCAGAUUGCAACUCUGCUCCAAAUGAAGUCCAGACCAAACUGACAUGGCAGGACAUGGGCGAGCGGUCUGGCACUGGCUUCAUCUGCUUGGUGUGCAGGAAGCAGGUGGGCAGCAGGCUUGGCUUGAUUGGACACUUUCGCAUCCACACGGGGGAGAAACCCGUCCACUGCUACACGUGUCCCAUGGCCUUCCGCACGUCCUCCCAGUUAUGCAGGCACAACAAGAAGAUGCACCCUGCCCUCAAAGAACCUGCGUCUUAGCCAUGUGGGAGAAGUUGAUUCAUAAGAGACAGUCGUGUAUGAACUAGCGUCACAAGGACUGUGCAGGUCUCUGCCAGUCUUGUGGGAAAGCGUUCCACACCAGAGGAUAACUCACAACAAAUGAAUAUCUGUAUCAGUAAGCAAGUCAGCAGUUCUUGUUCUUUUGUUUUGCAUGUUUGUGUCUAACUCAGUUUUUUUGUUAUCAUUUUGGUGGGUUGAAUAAACUCUUUAUCAAU